GUCCGGGCUCAGGGUGGGAUGGAUGGGGGCUGGAUGUGGUUCCCUUGGAAACGGCCGGUCCCAGUUUCCACCAAUCGAUGUGGCGGGCUCGUAGCCUACAUAAGCGCCCGGCGUGUGCCGGUGCCGCGCCGAGCCCCGGCAGAUGCGCUUGCGAAGCCAUGGCCAGGCUGACGGGCACCCGGCCCGCCCGCCGCUGGGGCUGCGCCGCUGCCUUCCUCCUCCUCCUCCUCACCGUGCAAGCGGCCCAAAAAGCCGACCUGAGCGGCGAGGCCACGGCCGCCACCAUCAACCACUCGCUGACGCUGCUGCAGCGGCUGCAGGAGCUGCUGCACAACAGCAACAGCAGCGACUCGGUGCUGCGGGUGCGCACGGCGGCCUCCGACGAGGCCAAGGUCUUCCACACGCACCAGCUCCUGCUCGGCCUCCAGAGCGAGGUCUUCGAGAGCCUCCUGCGCAACCAGAGCGUCCUCACCCUGCACGAGCCGCCCGAGACCGCCGCGCUCUUCGAGAAGUUCAUCAGGUACCUGUACUGCGGGGGGGUCUCCAUCCUGCUGCACCAAGCCAUCCCCAUGCACCAGCUGGCCAGCAAGUACCGGGUCUGGGGGCUGCAGCGCGGCGUGGCCGACUACAUGAAGACCCACUUGGCCAGCGAGUCGAGCCAGGGGCACGUGGUGGGCUGGUACCACUACGCCGUGCGCGUCGGGGACGUGGCGCUGCAGGAGAGCUGCCUCCAGUUCCUGGCCUGGAACCUCUCGGCCGUGCUGAGCAGCGCCGAGUGGGGCUCGGUGAGCGUGGAGCUGCUGCUGCUGCUGCUGGAGCGCUCCGACCUGGUGCUGCACAGUGAGCUGGAGCUCUACACCGCCGUGGAGGGCUGGCUGAGCCGGCGGCAGCCCGAGGCUGCCGUGGCCGAGCGGGUGCUGCGCGCCAUCCGGUACCCCAUGAUACCCCCCAGCCAGCUCUUCCGGCUGCAGGCGCAGUCGGCGGUGCUGGCACGGCACUACGGCGCGGUGCAGGACCUGCUCUUCCAGGCUUUCCAGUUCCACGCCGCCUCCCCGCUCCACUUCGCCAAGUACUUCGACGUCAACUGCAGCAUGUUCCUGCCCCGCAACUACCUCGCGCCCAGCUGGGGCUCCCAGUGGGUCAUCAACAACCCGGCACGGGACGACCGCAGCACCAGCUUCCAGACGCAGCUGGGACCCAGCAGCCACGACGCCGGCAAGAGGGUGACGUGGAACGUGCUGUUCUCGCCGCGCUGGCUGCCCGUCAGCCUGCGCCCCGUCUACUCGGACGCGGUGGCGGGCGCCGUGCAGCCCGCGCGCAUCGAGGACGGGCGGCCCCGGCUCGUGGUCACCCCGGCCAUGAGCAGCCCCGACUUCGCCGGCGUGAGCUUCCAGAAGACGGUGCUGGUGGGAGUGCGGCAGCAGGGCCGCGUCCUGGUGAAACACGCGUACAGCUUCCACCAGAGCUCCGACGAGGCGCCCGACUUCCUGGUGCACGCCGACCUGCAGAAGCGCACCUCCGAGUACCUCAUCGACAACUCCCUGCACCUCCACAUCAUCAUCAAGCCCGUCUACCACUCCCUCAUCAAGGUGAAGAAGUAACGAGGCAGAGAUGGAGCCCGCUGCUGGACUGGUCCCAGCCCCAUGGAGGACUUGUGCUUGGUUCUAGGUAGAUGGAGGUCCCUGUGCUGGGAACCCCAGGGCUGUGCUGUCCACUCCCCAUCCCGCCCCAAUUGUCCCCAUGCCACAUCCCAUCCCCAUUGCUCCAUCACUGUCCCUGCGUGCCCGUGGGGAGCUGGCUGAAGAGAGACUUUACAAGGACCUGUAGUGACAGGACAAGGGGGAAUGGAUUUAAGCUGAAAGAGGGUAGAUUUAGAUUAGAUUUUAGGCAGAAGUUCUUCCCUGUGAGGGUGCUGAGGCGCUGGCACAGGGUGCCCAGAGAAGCUGUGGCUGCCCCAUCCCUGGCGGUGUUCAAGGCCAGGUUGGACACAGGGGCUUGGAGCAACCUGCUCUAGUGGAAGGUGUCCCUGCCCGUGGCAGGGGGUUGGAGCUGAAUGAGCUUUAGGGUUCUUUCCAACACAAACCAUUCCAUGAUCCUAUGAUGACACUGGGACCCCCCCAGUGCCAAUGCAGGAGGUGAAACAUGCUGCCCAUGGGCACAUCCUGGCUCACAAACCCCAACAGGCGAGAGGAUGGGGACAGGGACAGCCUGAGCUUCCUGUGAUGCCACCCCUGUGGCACUGGGUCCCUCCAUGCCUGCUAGUGAAGCCAUGGCGCUGGCUCUGACUGUUGUUCUGGGUACCCGGCAGCAGCACCCUGUGCUCAGCCGUGAGCUGGGUGCGUGCCCAGGCUGGGGUGGGUGGUCUGGAUGCCCCCCCCGCCCGAGCACCUCCAUCCCUGCCUAAUAAAAGAAGAAAACAAUU